CUAAUCGCUCGUAUUGCCGCCAAAUCGAAACCAGCGUGUUUGAUCGUCCGUGGUGGAAAUUUCGUUGGUCGUUGGUAAUUGAUUUGCGGUGUUUUACGUUGCUGUAUUCUGUAUUUAUCCUUUACCGUGUCGCGUGUUACGUUUUGCGUUUCGCGUUUCGUGUUUCGUGUUUCGUGUUUCGGGUGUCAUAGAAGAGACCGAAAAAGAAAAAUUUAAAAAAAAUACGGCUGCGUGAAAGAUUCGCAUCGCCUGUCAAACAGUUGCGAUCAAUUUCGAAGAGUGAUCUUCGUUUAUUUGGCCGAUCGGUCGCGGUCGGUUGUGCGGUCGAUCGAUCGAUCGAUCGAAUUCCGUACACCGAUCGGAAGUCGAUCGGCCAUCGAUCCAUCGUCGAUCCGAUCAUCGAUCGAAUAUCCGUCGGAUAUUUAAAUCAAUCUUGCCUCUCGUUCGUAGACAAUUGAAUUUGACACGGUCAGUGAACAGAACUGGUCCAAGUUUCAAGUGGUAUUACGAUAGUUGCGUUUGAAAUUUGGUGGUGCUUGUAAGAAAAACUGGUAACCAGUAAGCAGGUAUGCGCUAACGAUCGAUCUUCGACUUAGCGAGCCCAGGUAUGCAUUAUAACGCGUCAAGCAUUUCGGAGGACUCGUAUUUACGGCAUAGACAGCAAGAAUAUCAGCAACGACAUCGAACAACUGGUGAACAUACUGUUUACGUGUACGGUGUUCGGCAAAAGACUCGUGGUCGUAGUUGUUCGCCAAGAUUGGAUCAAGUGGAAUCGUCGAGUAACAUCACCGCUGCUGCCGCCGCCAUCGCGAUCGGGAAUAGAAGCGAAACGGUCCGUUUGCUAGAAAACGGAUCUCCGUCGGAGGUUGAAGAGGAAUCGCGAAUGUCGAGAUAUCGCGAGGAGUUUGAUGCGAAACGAUCCUCCUUUUCGAAGCAGGACCAGGAUUCGUUGAAUUUUCUCCGAGAUCCGGAAAAUGGAAGCGUAACGUGUUUCACCGAGGAAAUGGUGUCUGCGGUUGCGAGCCAUUACAGAGAUGCGGAUCAUUCGCCUGAUAGAACUUCCCCGCACGAGUAUACCAUUCAUACGACUGACAAACGUCAUAAUUCUCUUGGAAAAACGUCUUUCUGUAUCGACGCGCUUCUCGGUCGCGCUACCGGCAAGCAGGAGAACCACGAUUACGAUCGAUCGGAACGUAGUCAAAGAUUAUUGUUUGAAACUCGAAAUUCUAUCGUGGACGGAAGCAACCCUUGUUUAGCUAAUUGUUUGCUCCGUACUCGUGAACAAGAGACCUCUUGUACUCACGGAGUUGCGAGUGGAACGGAAACGGGAACGGGAACGGGAACGGGAACGGGAAGAGGAAUCGGUACUGGAACCGAAGUUGCUACUGGAACUGGAAGUGUGACUGUUACUGGGUCCGGAACGGGAGCUGAAAUUGCAACCGGAAUCGGAAUUGGAAUUGGCAUCGAAAUUGGAAAUGGAAAUGGAAACGGGAAUGGGAACGGUACUGGAAUCGCAAUCCUGGGAACGGACGAACAAAGAACAUCGUCUUCUUUGGGAAGUAUUUUGAAUCCAAUAUUUGACAAGCCUGUUCAACACGGCUCGAAUUCGCCAAAGUUAAGUGUUAUCCGCGAGGACGGCGACCGAUCUAUACGCGAGAUUUGUUUGUCCGACACUCGUGCAGAAUCCGUCGAGGCAACGACACUAUCGAUUCAACGCGGUAAAGCGAUAUUCAAAGGAAGCGAAGAGAGUGGAGGAUUUCGAAUCGAUCGGUUAGAAAACAUCGAGGAUGAUGCUUCGAUCGAAGUUGAUCCAACGAGAACCGGAAGUGCUAGCUCCGGAAGUAACGCGAGCCGUAGCCCCGUCUCGAGUCCCCCGAUUUCCCCGGGCUCGGAGGAACCUAGCAAUAAUAGCGUUCCCGGUAAUCCGAAUUUACCAAGCGGUCACUACGGUGCACUAGCUGGUGGUACCGCUGUAGCUCGUCAAAAUCAAACUCUUCUCUUACAUCCGACCGGCCCUCUUAUUCAUCCCGGAGGAUUAUAUUACCAUCCUGCGAGUGGUAGCGCGUUUCAUUCUAUACACAAGGAAACUCAACCCGUUGGACACUCGCAAACUGCUGGACCUCAUCCUCAACAGCAUCAUAUUCAUCCGCUUCAACUCGAGUGGUUAGCCAGAACUGGAAUGUUGUAUCCCAGGUUACCUGCAGACUUAGCUGGAUGCGCGGCUCAACACGCUCUCCUUGGAAAAACUAGAAGGCCAAGAACCGCCUUUACGUCGCAACAACUUCUUGAAUUAGAAAAACAAUUUAGACAGAACAAGUAUCUUAGCAGACCAAAGAGAUUCGAAGUGGCCACCUCGUUAAUGCUUACGGAGACCCAGGUAAAGAUCUGGUUUCAAAAUCGACGGAUGAAAUGGAAAAGGAGUAAAAAAGCGCAACAAGAGGCAAGGGCAAACAACAAGAUGGAAGACGGUGGAAACGUACGAAGCACGGAGAAAGAAGCUGGAAGCGAUCCGAAUCCAAACUCACCGAGUUCGCAGGACGAUGGUAAAGGAACGUUGCAAGAAACACAAAGAAGUACGAACGAACUUCAAGAACCUCUUUAUCGGCCUUACGUGGUAUAAAACUCUGACCAAAGUACUAGCUGUCGUAGCAGUGUGCCAAACAAGAACUAACAAUAAUGUAAGUUGUUAUUGCGCGUACUCCUGUACCAGUGGCUAUUUUCUAUGGUACAUUCGAUCGCUUUCGGAAAUUUCGGAGUUUUAAUACGACUAUUACCAUGCGCAGACUGGAUAAAGGAUAACGUACGAAAGAAAAAUAUAUGCGUCAUUCAUUUGCGUGUCGUUUAGGGUUUAAAAAUGAAAAGUCAACGAAACGAAAUCAGAGUACAUGUACAUACAUACUUACAAUAUACCUAUGCCGAUGUAAGUAAAUUACAUAAGAAAUGCGAUUUAUAAUUUACAUGGAACACUUGUAUGGAAAUGGAGGGAACAGUAAGAUCAACAGCGACAAGUACACAUGUACCUCUAUGUACUUGAAUGUAAGUAUACGACCGCACGAAAUUAAUCGAAUCCCCUUCGGUUCAAUUGUUUCUUGAACCAUUUUAAAAACUGAAAUAACUAGUUUACAAACUGACAAGAAUCCUACCUACCGAAUACGUAUGUAAAUGUGUUUUUAUUCUGUACCGUGACAACGCGAUUACCUGAUUAACGAAAAACCGAACGAAUGAGAAAUAAAUUGUAUGUAUACGAGUAACGAUUGACGAGUGACCAGUGAUAAGUGACGAGUCCCAAAACCCAAGUCCCAAGUCCCUAGUCCCGAGUUCCUAGUCCCAGAAUUGUACAGAAACUAACAAAAUGCAAAGAGUACGCGCAUUAAAGGUUUCAUCUUCACGAUUGUAACUUUGUUCCAACGUUGCUCUAGAUUUACAUGAAUCGAUCACACGCACCUAUUUAUGAUAAAUGAUAUAACUGUACAUAAUAUUCAUAUACGUGUAGGAUAGAGAGUGCGAUGCGAAAGAAACGUCUCAUGUUAUGCCGCAACAAGUUCCUAAAAUAAAUAAUGAAUAUCGAAGCA